AAAAGAAGCUCCGUACCGGAAGUUGGUGUCGCUAGCCUGGUAGUGUUUGUUGCUUGUGUCACCGGACAGCUCGUAACGGGACUUACACACCAUGGAGGACGGCCUGUUGGACAUUCCUGACGACAACAGCUUCGAGGAUGAAGCUUUCCCUCCCCUCCCACCGCCUCACUCCCCGGGACAGGGAGGACAGGAGGACGGAGACCCUUUUGCAGAUGGGGACAACGACGGCGAUGUGUCCAAGCUGGCUGACGUUCCUGCUGCUAAGAGGAAAGGAGUGAAGAGGCCGCAGCCCAAACUGGACUCUCAGAGGCUGAUCUCAGAGAGAGGACUUCCAGCUCUGAGGACGCUGUUUGAUAACGUCCAUUUCAAAGGCAAAGGACACGAGGCUUCAGACCUGAAGCUGCUGAUGCAGAAGAUGGAGAACUGGGCCCACAGGUUGUACCCCAAACUGCAGUUUGAAGACUUCAUUGACAGAGUGGAGAAGCUCGGCACCAAGAAGGAAGUGCAGACGUGUCUCAAACGGAUCCGACUGGACAUGCCGCUGACACAUGAAGACUUUAUGGGCGGUGAAGAAGAAGCACCUCCUGAAUCACAUGACUUUGGGGAUCCAGAUCCGUUUAAUGAAGCAAGCUUUAAUAACCUGCAAGCGCCGAUCCACUCCACCCCGGCUCCAGCUGCUCCACCUGCUCCACCCACUCCCUCUCCAGCUGCCCCCUCCUUGACCGAGGAGCAGAGUAAACGCAUGGAGCUGAACAGACAGCGCGCCCUGGAGAGGAGGCUCGCCCGCCAGCAGCAGCACACAGAUCCCACUGACUCUCAGACUGUUGACUUGUCAGUAGAUAAACCCACGUCUGUCUCCUCUGCAAACGUCCUCAGUGAUUCUAAAGAUCAGGAUGAGGAGGGUUUAGACCUGGAGCCAGUCAGCAGCAGCACACAGCAGCACAGCCAGCCUCCACACACACACUCUGAGGCUGCUGCUGAAUCUGCUCAGGUUGAGGAAGAAGAAGAAACCAACCUCAGCACCGUCAAACAACCCAUUGAGCUCCCACAGACACACUCUGAGGCUGUUGAACCUGCUCAGGCUGAGGAAGAAGAAGAAACUGCCCUCAGCACCAACAAUAAACCCAGCAAUGAGUGUGAGGAAGGAGAGUAAUGCUCAGGUGCAACACACACUCUGAAAUCAAGAGCUGAAAACUGUACAGACAGAGUUUUCUUUGGACAAGAACUAAAGUUAAAUCGUCUCCUUGUAGCCUGUAAAGAGGAACUUAAUUCAGAUUCAGAACACAGUUCUCCUCGUUCCUGUCUGAUGUUUAUCAUUAAGCGCUGCUCCUUCAUCUGUCGUCGUGUUUGUUGUUGAACUGGAACUGAAUUUUUCCUUUUCAGAUUUUUCCAAGUAUUUACAUUUAUUUUGUUUGACUGUCUGACAGCAGUGCAUCAGGCUCCUCUGGCUCCUCCUCCUGCUCCUAAUGACUCCACCACACCUGAAUGAAAACAACCAAUCAGUGCUCAGAAGGAGUCUCUAACGGAGGAGGAGGAGGAGCUCUGCAAACACAACAAACACAGUUGCUCAGAAAAAAACACCAGCGAUGAUAAAACUGUUUGACAGACGAGUAAACAGAAGACCAGUGGUAGAAAGCUUUACAGAAGAAGACGGUCUCGUGUUAACUCACGUGCAGUGAUUGACGGCUGUGUCACACUCAGACCACACUACCUGUGUGAGCCGAGCGUGACGACUUCUUCACUGGGCUGCUGUGGCUCUCAUGCGUGCAGCAUUCACUCAGACAACGGCGCUGCUGCUUUACGACUGUAUUUACACACUUAUCAGCUGUUACUGCUCAGACUGGUGUCAGAGACUCCUCUUGGCUCUGAUUGGUUGUUAUAUUCAGGUGUGGUGGACUCCUGCAGAUGUCAUCAGGAGCGAACCUCAUCAUCCGUUUGAUGUCCUGCAGUCAGGAUCCAGUGACAGUUUGAGCAACAAGUAGCUGUGAUGUCAGGAACUGCAGACGAGUCGAAGAGAGCCUCGGCCUGUUUAUGUAGUGAUGUCAUCGAUGCAGCCUCUGAGGUCACCGUGACCACGUUAAAACCUUUCAUCUUCUCUGGAGCUUCAGCUGAAGAAACUUAGUCAGUACUUUUAUAAAAUCAAACAAUAAAUGAUUUCUCACAAACUGAA